AGUAUGGCACCGGCCCACUACGCAAACGGUCGCGUCGCUCACUCGCGCGCUUAGUUCCUCAAACUGUGUGGACUCUGUGACUGUGUUUAGUAUUGUAUAGACGGUGCUCCAGGGGUGUGUGGGGUGAGAGGGAGAUUUGGAGGCUGAGCGAAAGUGUGGAGGCGAGCGCCCUCUUUGCAACUGAUAACUGGCUUUCGUAAUAGUUGCGUGAUAACAGAAUCGAAUAAAAGUGCCUCCAAAGGAUGAGGAGUAAGCAACCAUGUCGGGAACGCUGCAUCGGCCCGGACAUCUUAAAGGCAACAGGAUGACGUUUGCCUCUACCGUGGUGUUGCUAUGCCUAGCAUGGGGCGCCCGGGGCGGCGACCCAGUGUUCGAUCCCAGCACCCUGAUGAGACUCGUCCUGGUGCCAGCUGAUGCUGCAGUGGGUUCCGUCAUCUACAGGGUCCGAGCAUCCGACCCUGAUUUUGACUACCCGCUACAUUUUGAGCUUGUUGGUCAAUGGGGUCGUCUGGACAUCGGCGUGGAGUCGCUGCCGUGCACCCGAUACAACUCGGUCUGCCAAGCCAACAUCAUCCUGUUGAGAAGACUGGAGCCUGGACGAUACGUGGACUUCAGGCUGUCAGUCAGAAACACCAGAGGGCGCAGCUCUUGGAUCGCCUGCUCUAUCACCGGGACCAACGCUACUACCCCACGGGAGAAGAUAUUUCCUCAUCAGCCAAGCAUUGUUUUAGUACCAGAGGACGCAAAGCGUGGGACAGAUCUAGAGAUCGUUAUAGCGAGAAAAACUCCACUCUCGCCGAAACCUUUGGAGUUAGAACUGUGGGGUUCGCCUCUAUUCGCCAUACGACAGCGCCGCGUGUCCACGGAAAACACUGAAGGCACGAUAUUUCUGGUCGGUCCCUUGGACUUCGAGGCUCAGUCGAUGUACCACCUAACUCUUCUAGCCGUGGACCCAUAUGUAGAAGUGGGCAAGGACACCCGUAACAUUGCCGGCAUAGAGGUGGUGAUUGUGGUGCAGGAUGUGCAGGAUAUGCCUCCAGUGUUCACGUCGGCACCGCCUAUCACCCAUCUACCUCGGCAGGUGACGCCAGGAGACAUCGUUGUGAAGGUUCGUGCAGAAGAUGGAGACAAGGGGGCGCCGAGGCAGAUCAGAUAUGGGCUGGUGUCUGAAGGGAAUCCUUUCACUCCGUUCUUUAAUAUCAACGAAACUACAGGAGAGGUAACCCUGGAACGGCCUGUAGAAGAAAUCGCAGCAAUCUCCCACGCCGGGACACCCAUCCUGCUCACGGUGGUAGCUGAGGAGGUGCGGCUGUCCAGGGAGGAGCCCGAAGCCAUGUCUUCCACAGUCCAGCUCGCCUUCAUAUUGCCUGAACGGGAGAAUUCGCCACCGUACUUUGAGAACCAGUUCUACAUCAGCUACUUAGACGAGAAUGCUCCUCAAGGUACCGCGUUGACCUUCAACGACCCCUACAUCCCUCAAGUGAACGACAAUGAUGCUGGCAAGAAUGGCGUCUUCUCUCUCUCACUCGUAGGCAACAAUGGAACCUUCGAGAUUUCACCAACUGUGGCCGAGAGACAUGCUCAGUUUAUCAUCAAAGUCAGGGAUAAUACGAUGCUGGACUUUGAGGCGCGAAAGUCAGUGAUAUUUCAGAUUUUAGCUCAAGAACUCGGUCCAGCAACGAACCUUUCAGUUACUGCAAAUGUAACUGUAUAUUUAAACGACGUGAACGAUAACCCGCCGGUGUUUUUGGCACAGUCGUAUGACGUGGAGCUCCCGGAAAACGUGACAGCUGGCACCAGAGUUGCACAAGUUGCUGCUGAUGAUGUCGACACGGGAGCGUUUGGAAAAAUUCAAUACACUGCCAUAUUAGGAUAUCUAAAUACUUCUCUAUAUUUAGAUCCUAUUACAGGGUUGAUAACUGUGGCUACCGAUAACCACGGCUUCGACCGUGAAGCAAUGCCAGACUUGCAUUUUUUAGUAGAGGCUAGAGAUAACGAUGGAGUAGGAUUAAGAGUAACAGUGCCAUUAAUUAUUAAGUUAUUAGAUGUAAAUGACAACCCACCAGAAUUCGAAAAGUCUUUGUACGAAUUUGUACUUACACCUAGCUUAAAUAAUUUCACGUCAGCAGCUAUAGUAAAAGCAGUUGACAAAGAUGCAGAGCCACCAAACAAUGUAGUCAGAUAUGAAAUUACACAAGGGAGUUCUGUAGGAAAAUUCGCUAUUAAUGAAGAAACAGGUGAAUUGUAUCUUUUAGAAGCAUUAAAAAGAACGAAGAAACAAAAUGUUCAUAGACAAAAGCGUCAAUAUGAUUCUACACAGGAGAACGACAUCUUUGUUCUGACAGUAAGAGCUUAUGACCUCGGCAUUCCAAGGUUACACUCAUCUACUUCAGUGAAAAUUUAUCCACCAGAAAGUAAAACUAGGACAAUGUCCUUCAUAGUACCUGGUGCAAAUCCAGAUAGACAGAAAUUAGAAGAAGUACUAAGUACACUAUCUGGUGGCAAGGUUACUAUAAUUGACAUUAAGCCAUAUAAAGGACGAGACAAUGGUGCUACAGAUAUAAGUGGUCAGGAGUCUAGUCAAGACAAAAGCGAAGUUAUUGCUGUUGUGAGAAUGUCAGAAAAUACAGCAAUUAACGUUGCGAAACUUCAAGAACAACUGUCUAAAAAUGUUACAAUAUAUUCAAAUGGUGCUGGUAAUACCUUCAAUACUGGAUCAGGAUCUAGCAAUGGAAAUACGCAAACAACAAAAAAUACAGAAUCUAAUGGUAGUAAUUCUAACACAGUUUCUGGUUCGGAAAAUAAUAGUGGAGGAUCUAACCAAAAUAAUCAUGCAGCUACCGUUGAUAAUAGUGACUCUGGUUUAUACCGAGCUGAAAGCCGUCUUCUAUUUUGGUUGUUGAUAUUAUUGGCUAUAUUAGUAGCUCUAAUAUUACUAUUGCUCAUAUGUUGUUGUAUUUGUGAAGGAUGUCCUCUAUACAUGCCACCAAGGAAAAGAGUGAUACGUGUCAACUCCACAGAGGACGACGUGCAUUUAGUUGUACGCGACAAAGGAGUUGGGAGGGAAAACAAGUCGACGCAAAAUUUAGAAAACAAAUCUAUACAAGCAACUGAUUGGAGAAGGAGGGAGGCUUGGAGCGCUGAACAGGCAGACUUAAGGACGAAACCGACACAAUGGAAAUUUAAUAAGAGAAAUUAUAGAUCUAGAGAUCCACACUCUAAGCCUGCAUCAACCCCAGGCGAUUUACGACAGGACUUUGUCCAUGCUGCAGAAGAUAAUGAUUAUAGAUACAACAACGAAAGACAAUCUUUUCGAAUGAGAGAUGGUCCGAACGUAAUUUACACAAAGGAAAUGCAGCUUCAAGAAGCAUUUGCUAAUAAACACAAAGAAUACAUUGAAGAUCUGGAAAAUGGGUAUGAUAGAAUUGCAACAUUACAUUACCAACACAGAGAUCAUGAUAACGAUUCUAUACGUAGGCAUGAAAUCGACCGUGGAUCUGAUGUUGGCAUCAUUCUUAAGUCUGAUGUGGAUAAAACUAAUAAAGAUAAGACUGACAAUAAAAUGAAAGCAGAAUAUCAGGAAAAAGGACAUGCUCCAUCUUCACUUGGUAGAGAUCAGUUUUUCAUUAAAGAAGGCAAUACUGAAAUUCUACGUCUUGUAACACGUGGCAAAAACGAGGAAGAAAGAUAUAUUAAUUUACCUGUAAAUCAACAACGGCCGGUGACACUUAUUCCUCAUACACAGUACGUUGUAGUCGAUAGUGGUAAAGAUCUUUUAAUGGAGAGGUUUAUAAGGGAACAAGGAGAGGAAGCGAAACAAAUAAGAGAACAAAUGGAUAGAGUACCUACUGAAUUAGAUCAAGUGAUAGAUGAAAAAGACGGUAAAAUAUAUAUACAAAAAUCACAACUAAUAAGCGAAGCCCCAAAUCAAUAUAAUGAAUACUCGAAUCUCCCUCCUGAAGUUCCAGGGGCAAUACCAUUAAAAACAGAAUAUUUACAAAAUCUUUUACAAAUGCAAAACAAAUCAUCCAUUCACCAAGAACUAUUAGAAUCGUCUUUAAGAAAACAAAAUGAACUUCUUCAUCAAAUACUUAUUGAACGUGAGCGACUUUUGCAUAGUCAAGAAACAGCAUCUCAAGUUGAAAGUAAAUUAGAAACGCAAAGCUUACCUGGACACUCUGUCAUGGCUACUCAGACCGAGUGUCACAUUGGAACACAAACAGAACCACAACUUCUCAAACCUUCUAGAAGGAAAGCUAGAAGUGAUAAUGAUUCUUACAGUGAAGAUGAGUCUCAAAUGAUAGUUGAAGAUGAUGUGAAAAAAGUAGCAUGGUUGAAAAGAAAAAAACCUAAAAAGAAAAUCAAAUAUAAAGAUCCCCGGCGAAGUGUUAGAGUUUAUGAUUUGAAAAGAAAAAUAAAGACCCCAAUAAUCGAAGAAAGUGAGGCGUCUCCGUCAUUAGAAAGUGAGAAACAUGUUAAAAUAAGUAAAACUAACGAAAGAGAAGAACAUGUAAGAAAUUAUGGUGACAGAACCAAAAGUACAGUGACAACGUCUAAAAAUGAAACAGUUUGUUCUACUCAAAUAAAACAAACUGAUGGUGAUAGAAAACAAAGACUUCGAAAAGAAAUUUUAAUGGAGAUAUCAGACUCAUUAGAUGAAAAAGUGAAUUCUGCCAGUAGUGAAAAAAGACAACGUCUGCAAAGACAAUCACCAGUUGAGGAGAUUCCUAGAAAAGUUUUAGCAUUAGAACAAGAGAGUAGUAAAGAUAGUGAAAAUAAAAGUAGAGCAAGUACUGCAUCUAAUGAUCAACGAAAUCUUAUAUUUUCCCGACAAGGAUCAUCAACGGAGGCUCGAGAACAAACAGAUAUUCCAUUAUCUAAAUUAAAUUCCCCAAACUUACAUGAGUCACCGACUAAAAAAGAUAGUUCAAGCGCAGCAGAAUCAAGUAACAGAAAAAUAGAAGAAGGCAAUGAAUCUGUAAAAUCAUCAGAUACCUCGAAAAAUGCGCAGAAAAGUUUACCAAGGUACAUGCAGUGGUAUGGUAAGAAAUCGUCUAGUGCUGCUCCUGUAAAAUCAGACAAAGUUGCACCGAAUAAACCCAAAAGACCAUCAAAAUCAAAAAAUGAAUCGGACAAAGAAGUAACAAAAGAAGACAAAACCGGUAGGUAUGGUAAAAUCAUGAACAAAGAUGAGCCAAAAAAAAACUUCAAAGAAAAAGAAAGUGAAUUUAUUCACCCACGCCUUUUGAAAGAAGAAAAAGUCACACCGGUUCCCGAAGGACCACUGCCCGAUGUCCAUCCCUUAUUGCAACACUCGGAACAUAGAUACGAACAUCAAUAUGAAAAUCAGAACCCACUGUGUUAUAUUCAACCCACUCACAUUCCUAAAUAUUUAGGAGCAAAAUCUAAUGCUCCUGCUCGCCCGUCAUUAGACCAACAACCGAUUUACGUUAAUCAAGAUGAUGUCAAAAACUGUAGUGGAAGUAGGGAAAUUUCUGAGAGUGCUUUAACUCACAGCAUAUCUAUAUCGACAAGUUACGAUCAAGAUACAAAACCUGAACCAGAGGUCCACGUGUCCAAAAUUAAUAUAGGGGGCGAUGCCGUACCUGAUGUGAGGAGUACUGGCAAGAUAGACGAUAAUGAUUCAGGAAUUGCUAUGAGCACUUUAGUACAAGCGGGUAACUUCAAGAGGCUGCCAAUAACAGAAAAGAAGAGCAUCUUUACUAUAGCAUACGACGACGUCCAACAAACAAAACAGUUGCGACCUGAUAGUAGUUCGACUUCUUAUUAAGAUUAAUUACUGUAUAAUAGUAUAAUAUAGUAUCAUCAGUAUUGUGCCUUAUUGUUGGUUAACUGUUAAUUUUAUAAUACUAAAACUAUGAGACUUAAUUGUACUGUAAUCCGUCCAUUUACGUAAAUUUUGUCCUUGUAAAUACAUUGU